AUGACGAAUCUUUCAAAGAACAGAUUUACUGAAAUUCCUCCUGAUGUGUGGCUGUUUGCACCACUGGAAACUUUAAAUUUGUAUCACAACUGCAUCAAAUCCAUUCCAGAAUCUAUUAAAAACCUGCAAAUGCUUACCUACCUUAACAUUAGUCGAAAUCUUUUAUCAACGUUGCCAAAAUACCUGUUUGAUCUUCCACUUAAAGUUCUGGUUGUCAGUAAUAAUAAGCUGGUCUCCAUUCCAGAAGAAAUUGGAAAGUUGAGAGAUCUAAUGGAGUUGGAUAUUAGCUGCAAUGAACUUCAAGUUCUUCCCCAGCAGAUAGGAAAAUUGCAGUCACUUAGAGAAUUAAACAUAAGAAGAAAUAAUCUCCAUAUGUUGCCAGAUGAAUUAGGAGAGCUUCCCUUGGUAAAGCUGGAUUUUUCUUGUAAUAAAAUUACAGAAAUUCCACUUUGUUACAGAAAGUUACGUCACUUACAAGUUAUAGUUUUGGAUAACAAUCCAAUGCAGAUACCACCAGCACAGAUAUGUUUAAAGGGUAAAGUACAUAUAUUUAAAUUCCUCAGCAUUCAGGCGUGCCUCAGAAUAGAUAAAAAACCAGAUUCUUUGGAUCUUCCGUCAUUAGGUAAACGAAUCCCCUCCCAGCCACUCACAGACAGCAUGGAGGACUUUUAUCCCAAUAAAAAUCAUGGACCAGACUCUGGCAUUGGAAGUGAUAAUGGGGAUAAAAGGUUGUCCACAACGGAACCAUCUGAUGAUGAUACAAUCAGCCUUCACUCCCAGGUAUCAGAAUCAACAAGGGAACAGACAUUAAGGAAUGACAAUCAUGUAAUGGGAAGUAAACUCGAUCCACAGAAAGACCAGGAGGUGUAUGAUUACAUUGAUCCGAAUGCAGAAGAGGGAGCUGUUCCUGAGCAAGGAGAUGUACAGAUUGGACCAUUGCUGUCUUAUAUCAAGGAACGGGGAAAACAUACUGAGAAAUCCCAGAAAAUAGAACAGAAUGAGGACUGGGCAGAUGAAAAAAGACUUCAGAAAGAACAGCUGCUGGCUGAGGAUGAUGAUGAACUCAAAGAAGUGACUGACUUAAGAAAAAUAGCAGCUCAGUUACUGCAGCAAGAACAAAAACACAGGCUUCUUAAUCAUUCAGUUUCAGUAAGCACGAGGAACAGGCCAAAGCAGCCAAUGGAAUCUGAAAAAUGUGUCUCAACAGAUGAAGUGAAUUCCCCAGUGUCCCCAUACAGCUGGCAGCCACUGGAAAACCAGAAGGAUUCAAUGGAUGAGCAGCACUGGCCAGAAACACAGCCAGUGAUUUGGCAGAAUGAAGAAAGAAGGAGAAGUAAACAAAUUAGAAAAGAGUAUUUCAAGUAUAAGUCUUCCAGAAAGAGUUCAAGUGGAAAUGAAAAUGAUGAGCAAGACAGUGAUAAUACUAAUGUGUCCCCACAGUCUCCUGUGUCGUCUGAGGAUUAUGAAAGGACUGAUAGUAACACUCAUGGUCCAUUUGGUCUCAAACCAAGGUCAGCUUUCAGCCGUGCAUCUCGUCAGGACUAUGGUGCAGUGGAUCCUGGAUUUACAAUGAGGAGGAAAAUGGAGCAUUUAAGGGAAGAAAGGGAACAAAUAAGACAGCUUCGCAAUAAUCUUGAAUCAAGGUUGAAAGUAAUUUUGCCAGAUGACAUUGGAGCAGCAUUGAUGGAUGGAGUAGUUCUUUGCCAUUUAGCCAAUCACAUAAGGCCACGUUCUGUUGCCAGCAUUCACGUACCAUCGCCAGCAGUGCCUAAACUCAGUAUGGCAAAGUGCCGAAGAAAUGUUGAAAACUUUCUCGAUGCUUGUAAAAAAUUGGGCGUUCCACAGGAGAGACUUUGCUUGCCUCAUCACAUUCUGGAGGAAAGGGGUCUGGUGAAGGUUGGCCUCACAGUUCAAGCUCUGCUUGAAUUGCCAACGUUGAAAGUAUCUCAGCUUUCCUCCAUGUGACAUGACUUCUUGGAAGCUAGACAACUUACCAUUCAAUCUGUUGAUUUGGAUUGCUCUGAGGCAGUUCAGCUUCCUACAUGGGAACAUCCAAGCCAUCAAACUAGUAUCUGUCCAGAUGCUGUAGAGAGCCUUACUUGGAGUUGUACGUGAAAACCUUGGAGUCAGCUGACAGUUAAAAGAACAUAAUUAUUAUUUGUUUCUUUUGCAAUUGGAUGCACAAAGAGAUUGUGGUAGCAUCAGGUUCUCUUUCCAGUUAAUUUAAGUUAAAAGCUGCCAUUUAACAUCUCACAGUAUAACAGUUAAAUGCUGGAUUUCUUUUCCUACAUUGAAAAUAUUGUUCGAAUUAUUUUAGAAGUACAAAGCACGCCCCCCUCCUUUAAUCUUUCAAGUCAAUAAUUUGAUUUAAAGGUAAGACAAAAAUGUAGUGAUGGUAUGAUGGUAAAAAUGCGAGCGACUGAUCACUUGUGAUCCACUUUCACUCUCUCAGAAAGCUUAAUAUUUGCGUUAUUUUUUGCACUCCUGAUUGUAACUUACACACUUCUAACAUUGCCAGUAUUUAGGCUGAGUGUAUGGUGAUUACACAAAACAGUGUACAAUGGAAAAGGACAUAUUUUAUUAAGUUUUUUCCAGUCUUCUAGGUUGGUGCCAAAUAUUUUUUUCAGUUGUACUGUAGAUUGUUUACAUGUGAAGUGCCUGUGUAAUUGAUAACUCUUAAUAGUCUUAAACAUUUUUGAAAUUUCUUUGUUUAAAAUAGAUAAAAUGGAAAUUUUUAAAUAUUUUAAUAGUUUUUUGUAAAAUCAGUAUGUGAAGAUUUAAGUAAUACUUCACAUUUUUG